AUGGCGGAGACGUCGGUGUUUGAGCUGGCGCGCAGGACGCACGAGGAGAUUGAGCAGUACGAGGAUGCGCUCGUGGAUACGCUGAUCCACCCGCCGAACUCUUCGUCGAAGCGGCUGAAUAUGCACUGGGAGCUCGUCUCGUCCGAGCUCCUGGACAAGAUCGUGGGGCAGUACGAGUCGCUGAGCGCCAUGUACGCAGACCGCGACCAGGAGCGCGUGGCCGAGUGGGAGGCGCUGGGCCGCCAGGACGAGACGGACACAGAGAAUGGGCCGUACGCAGAAUUUUACAAGCGCCUCGACAAGGUGCAAGAGUACUACAAACGAUACCCCGAGAACGCCGUCGCGCUGCAGACGACCGCCACGCCGUCGAUCCUCGCACGCGGCGAGGAGCUCAUGUCGGACUUUUCAAUCAUGGACCGCGAAUUUAGCGGCGAGGAGAUGGGCGGCCGUUUCCUCGACUUGUACGUUCAGUACGAGAUGUACAUCAACCUGAAAGGCGUCGAGCGCAUCUCCUACCUCGAGUACCUCGCGCGCCUCGACCAGAUGUGCGGCGUGCGCGCGGGUGUCCCGAUGUCAACCAAGCGCACCGAGGCCUACCACGCGUACGUGACGAGUCUCCGCACCUAUCUUUCCUCUUUUCUGCACAAGUCGCGGCCGCUCGAGGAUAUGGACGCGCCCGAGACGCACGCCGCCGAGUUCUUUGAAUCAAACUGGGAGCGCGGCACGGUGCCGGGCUGGGAGGACAAGGAAGAGGCGCUGUUUGGCGACAAGAGCCUCGACAAGGACCCGUCCGAGGGCAUUUGGUGCGACGCGUGCCAGCGGCACUAUGCCAAGCAGACCGUGUACGACGCGCACCUCUCGUCCACCAAGCACAAGAAGCUCGAGGAGCGCCUGCGGAAUGGCGAGCUGCGCCCGCAGGCGCCCAAGCACGUCGACACGGCGCUCGAGCAGGCCAAGCGCCUCGCCAAGGCCAAGGCGCUCGCACGCGACGAGGUGAUUGUCCAAGCGCUCGCACGCAAGCUCCGCUCCGUGCGGGAAGAUACGCGCUCGAACGUCGAGCGCAAGGCCGCGCUCACCGACCGCGAGCGCCAGGACGAGGCCGAGGCGCUCGAGGCCGAGACCGAGGAGGCGCUCGCGACCGGCGGCAUGGGCUACGAGCGCGCGAUCGAAAAGGCGGCCCGCGAGUCAGACUCGACGGAAAAGGUGCACAACCCGCUGAAGCUUCCCCUGGGCUGGGACGGCAAGCCGAUUCCGUUCUGGAUGUACAAGCUGCAUGGCCUGAGCGUCGAGUACAAGUGCGAGAUCUGCUCGGACCACAUCUACCGCGGCCGCAAGGUCUUUGAGAAGCACUUUCAAGAGGCGCGGCACACCUUUGGCAUGCGCGCACUCGGCCUCCCCAACACGGUGCAGUUCCGCGACGUGACACGCAUCCAGGACGCGUUUGCCUUGUAUGAAAAGCUGAAGCAGCAGCAAAAGCUCGAGCACGUCGACGACGGAGACACGGAGGAGAUCGAAGACGAGCAUGGCAACGCAUACACGCGCAAGACAUACGAGCUGCUCAAGCGCCAGGGUCUUUUGUAG